AUGGAUACUCACGAAGCCCUUGAGGAUCUUGAGAAGGGCGGUGGUGCUUUGCGCACCGUCAAGGAUUUGGCGGCGGGCGCCGCCGGUGGAAUUGCCCAGGUUCUUUUGGGACAGCCGUUUGAUAUCGUCAAGGUCCGCCUCCAGACUACCUCGCAGUACAAAGGUGCUCUGGACUGCGCCACCCAGAUCUUCAAGAAAGAAGGUCCGGCGGCUUUUUACAAAGGAACUUUGACCCCUCUUAUUGGAAUUGGUGCCUGUGUUAGCGUCCAGUUCGGCGCAUUCCACGAGGCACGCCGUCGCCUCGAGGAGUUGAACAAGAAGAAGUAUGCCGACAGCUCGCUCUCUUAUGGCCAAUACUACCUAGCCGGUUCGUUCGCCGGUAUCACCAACACGGUGCUGUCCAGCCCGAUCGAGCACAUCCGUAUCCGUCUGCAGGCGCAGCCACACGGCGCUGGCCGCCUGUACGCGGGCCCUAUUGACUGUAUCCAGAAGCUCUCUGCACAGGGUGGUAUCCUCGGCGGCGUGUAUCGUGGUACCACUGUCACACUGCUGCGUGAGGCCCAGGCCUACGGUUCAUGGUUUAUGGCUUUCGAGUUCAUGAUGAACCAGGAUGCCAAGCGCAACAACAUCAAGCGCGAGGAUAUUUCCGCAGUGAAGGUGGCCACUUACGGUGGUCUGGCCGGUGAGGCUCUGUGGCUGUCCAGCUACCCCUUCGAUGUCGUGAAGAGUAAGAUGCAGACGGAUGGAUUCGGUGCCAACCAGAAGUUCGCCAACAUGCGCGACUGCUUUAAGAAGACUUAUGCUAUGGAGGGUCUCGGUGGAUUCUGGAAGGGCAUCGGCCCUACCCUGCUGAGAGCUAUGCCUGUCUCGGCGGGUACCUUUGUUGUUGUCGAACUUGCGAUGAAGGCCCUUGCAUAG